AUGUUCCAGGCCACCUACGGACCCCGACCCAUCCUGCCCACCAUCUGGUCCUACCCAAUCUUCCAGCUGCCCCCACCCGCCAGGUGCACCCCUCACGGCAUUGACGACAUCCUCGGAAUUAAAAACUCAAACUGCAAAUCUCCCAUCAGCGAUGAAAACGAUUGUGAUGCGAGCGAUAGAGAGGAGGAAAGUUACAAAAUCGACUGCCAGCAAGCAGACAUUUUGAAAAGAAAGAAAGUGAUUGAAAGUUUGACGAACAAGGUCUGCAGUUCAAUCGAAAAAAGACUUGAUGAUGAGGACGAUGCAGAUGAUGAUUACCCAUUCAAAAGUUCACACGCCAUCCUAAAUAACAAAACGAUAAAACUUCCAUUCAAAUUUAACAACUGUGAUAGCAUCGUAAGUUGCAGAGUUAGUGGCACAAACAAAAACACCAACAACGACGCCGCCGACGACGAAGCUCCGUUGAACAACUACGCAGCAGACUCCAGCAGUCAACAAGUCUGCCCAUCACCCGACGAAAGUUUUCAAAAGUUUGACGAUGACAACAGCAACAACACCAGUAACCACAACAACAUCAGCAGCAACAACAACAACGCCAGCAACAACAGCGAUUAUAAAGAAAGUUACAACGACACAGAUGGAAACGGCGACGAUGACGAUGACGAUGCCAAUCAUGAACCUUACAUGAGUCGAGAGGAGAGGAUGAAACACUGGAAGGAAGGGGCUCCUCGACAUCGCGCCGACCUCGCGAGGGACAUGAGACUGAGGAGGAGGAGGUCGUUGAGGGGGCAGGCUGGUGGAGAAGCAGGGAGGAGCCUCAAGGACAGUUUUGAAGGUUGUUGCAGACUGUACGAAAUAUAUUCAAACCAGUCAGCCAACACAACAGCUGGUUGUGUAACAGCGCUGCGUUGUUUUUGUUACUUCAUACCCUCCAAGGCAGACUUCCAAAAACAUCUUCCAGCAGAAAUGGCAAUAACAAAUUCAAAUCAGUUAAUGCAACUUCUACUGCUCUUCUAUAAAUAUCAGUUUAUAAAUAAUCCGUGUUAA